AUGGGGGACGCUUUCUGUUCAGAUUGUAAGAGACACACAGAGGUAGUAUUCGACCAUUCAGCUGGAGACACAGUUUGUUCAGAGUGUGGUCUUGUCUUAGAAUCUCACUCGAUCGAUGAAACAUCAGAGUGGAGAACCUUUGCGAAUGAAUCAGGAGAUAAUGAUCCAGUUCGUGUUGGUGGACCUACUAAUCCUUUAUUAACAGAUGGUGGUCUUUCUACUGUUAUUGCUAAACCUAAUGGCGCUUCUGGAGAGUUCUUGUCGAGUUCUCUUGGUCGGUGGCAGAAUCGUGGGUCCAAUCCUGAUCGUGGGUUGAUUUUGGCUUUUAAAACUAUCGCUACUAUGUCUGAUAGGUUGGGCCUUGUUGCAACAAUUAAGGAUCGGGCUAAUGAGAUCUAUAAGAAAGUGGAAGAUCAAAAGUCCAGUAGAGGAAGGAAUCAGGACGCUCUAUUGGCUGCUUGCCUCUACAUUGCCUGUCGACAAGAAGACAAGCCUCGAACUGUAAAGGAAAUUUGCUCCGUCGCCAAUGGAGCCACAAAGAAGGAAAUUGGUCGAGCAAAAGAAUACAUAGUGAAACAACUGGGGUUGGAGACCGGUCAGUCUGUGGAGAUGGGAACUAUACAUGCUGGGGAUUUUAUGAGGCGUUUCUGUUCCAAUCUUGGAAUGUCUAAUCACGCAGUUAAAGCUGCCACAGAAGCUGUUAGAACAUCAGAACAGUUUGAUAUAAGGAGGAGCCCUAUAUCAAUUGCAGCAGCAGUCAUCUAUAUAAUAACUCAGCUUUCAGAUGACAAGAAGCCUCUCCGAGGUUCGAUGAUUUUUCUACACGCAUCUGAUAGUAGUGGCUUGGAUGCAGAUAUUUCACUAGCAACUGGAGUUGCUGAAGGAACAAUCAGAAAUUCCUAUAAGGAUCUUUAUCCCCACGUAUCAAAGAUAAUACCAUCAUGGUAUGCCAGCGAGGAAGAUCUGAAGAGCCUUUGCACUCCUUGA